UAAUGUAGCAAUUAAAAAUGUUGCCACGGGAACGAAGAUAGCCAAUAAAAAAAUAUAAUGUCUUCAAAAACAAGAAUGUCCGUGAUCAUUAAUAAUUUCGACAUAAAAUCGUAAUUAUGUGAAAAUAAUAUGUACCAAAUCAUCAUCAUAAAAUGAUUUAGUGUGUGUUUGUGAAUCGAAUGAGUAACAGAAUUCAUGAGUGGAGAUCAGCUGACACGUCUUGAUAUAUAUAUUUCAAAAUGAAUUCAAAUCGUAUUGGUAGGUUGUGAAUACUUGUUUGUAGCGAAAUAUGGGGAUGCCGGCCGGGUUGAUUUAGCUUAUUCUCAUGACUAUGGCAAGGGACGGCGACGUGCCAACAAUUUUUAACCCUAAACGCGUCAGAGCGCCGUCGGUGAUAAUAACUAGUGAGGAGGUGGUAGAGACUGAGAGAAGCGGCGGUGAUGGAGACCGGGAGCGGCCGAACGGGCCGCCGACGCCGUUGAGCCCUCGCGCCCCGCUCACUCCACAGGCGUCGGUAUGCUCCGCACCGCCGCUGACCACCCAGCCGUCGCUGCAGCAAGCUUACAGCGAGUCUGCGGCCAGCAGCCAAGAUGAGGAGAGGCAACUCAGGGACAAGAAAUGUCCGCGCUCAUGCUGUUCUAAGUUUGCUAAGAAGAUCUACUACGGCAUAUGUGUAACGGUCACCCUGACUACAUCAUGGGUGACAACCACACACUGUAUAAAGCAUCUGUACCUGGAGGAACACUCAGAAAGUACUUAUGAUGUGGCGUACCACACCGAAACCACCUCUGUGGCUUACAACAACAUCUCAUCGAAAAUCCAUGGACAUCAUCCAUACAGAGCGCCGUUCUUCACGGCGUGGUUUUGCACCAACUGGCUGAUCCUCUUCUACCCAUUAUAUCUGAUCGUCAUGCUGAUACAUAACAAGUGCAAAUCAGCGAAUGACAUCAUCUUCGACGCGUUCAGCGAUUUUAAAGAGAAGGGAUUCACUUUUGCACGAUUCAUAAGCCGGUGCGGCCUGUUCUGCUUGCUAUGGGUGGUAACCAUCUACAUGUACACGUACUCGCUGAAGAUCCUCCUGUCUACUGACGUGGUGGCGCUGUUCGCUACCAACGUGUCCUGCAUCUACCUGCUGUCAUGGGUCAUAUUGCAUGAACAGUUUGUGGGUGUCAGGAUCGUGGCUGCGAUACUGUGCGACACGGGUAUAGCUCUGCUGGCGUACAUGGACGGCAUCACGGGCAGCUCCACGCUGGGAGGAGUCGUGCUUGCCGCCUGCGCCGCCGCCGGAUACGCUAUAUUCAAGGUCUUGUUUAGAAAAGUGAUGGGCGAAGUGAACUCCGGGCAGCGCGCGUUGUUCUUCUCGAUCCUGGGCGUGGUGAACGCGUCGCUGCUGUGGCCGGUGGCGCUGGCGCUGUACCUCACCGGCUCCGAGACCCUGCCCACGCACCACCUGCCCUGGAUAUAUCUGCUGGUGGCCAGUGUGGCGCUACUUGUGUUCCACCUGGUGCUGCAGUUUGGCAACAUCAUCACAUACAAUAUAUUUGUCUCGCUCGCUCUUAUCACCGCUGUUCCCGUCUCUGCCGCAUUGGACGUGGUUCUGUACGGUGUUCAGUUCGAGGGAAUGAAGCUGGCGGGCAUCAUACUGAUCGGCGUGGGUUUCUUCCUAGUCAUGUUCCCGGACAAUUGGCCCGACUACAUCAUGAGGCUGCUCAGAUGGAGCCGCCGUCGCCAGCGCGGCAGCAGCGGCUCGGGGCGCAACCGCGACGCCAUGGACUACCGCACCGGCUACAUACGCUCGCACCUGCGCUCGCCCUCCGGACGCGUCAGGUGACCGCCCAUCGACACACUGACACAAACGCGUUCAUAAGGUUUCAUUUCGCGUGACAACGUCCCGACGACAAUAAAUUAGACCUAUUGUCUGUUUAAAAUUAAGAUUCCGGAUUGCAAAAUGUAUUACAAAUCUUAGUUAUUUUAAUUUUAUUAUUGUCUUAUGAACAUGUAAAGCUUGUUUCAAUAUCUAUGUAUUGAUUUGUAACUAUCCUUUAUAAGUGGCUAUAGGAUUUCGUCACUGGACGUUGUCACAUUUUAAAUUACUUCAUGUCUUUACAAUCUGACAAGGAUUAUAAUAAAUGGGACGAAAUUCCAUAUAAUUAUAAUCACAAUAAUGUAACCAUAACAUCAAAGUACCUGCACUUAUAAAAUUAUAAUUUUAUACAUUUUCAUGUACCAAAAAUAUCAUAAGAAAUGCAUUCAACAGCCCUAAUAAGCACAA